UCUUUAAUAUAAUCUAAUCUAUUGUCUUGCCUUAUCGCUAGGUCUUCUAUAGCGAGCGUCAUAGCUAGCUUUCCACCAUUUUCAAAAUACUUCUUUUUCUCGCGACAAAGAAAACUAGACUCUUUUUCAGCCACGUCUCCACCCCCAGAAACGGUGCCGCUGCCGGUUCGACCGGCCACGCCUUCCAGCUCCGCCCCUUCGUCUUGAUCCUCCGCCUCAUCAACAUGUCAAACCGAAUUCAUUGACGGUCGUCGAGUUGGAAAUGGAGGAAUACAAUAAUAGUAAUGAAAUGGAUCAUGAGAAUCAAGGCACUCCUAGAGGAAAUUUCCUCUACGCUUCUCCAAAUCUUGGAGGCAACUAUGGUAGAGCUGCUGCUGCUGCUGCAGGUGAUCAUAAUCAGCAGAUCAACACCUUUCAUCUUCAAUCAAGCGGUGGUGAGUGUUUUCCGUCAACACAACCAACCGUGAAGACCGAAGCAGCCGGUAGUACUUCCCAGCAUGCUCAUCACCACCACCACAAAUUUCAUCAUCCUCAGUUUCCUCCUCCUUCAUUAAUAUUGUCAAGAGGGCACAAUGAUCAGAUACCGGUUCAGCAGCAGCAGCACAUAGAAAACGAGAAUGAAGUAGAGGCCAUCAAAGCUAAGAUCAUCGCUCACCCUCACUACUCUAACCUCUUGCAAGCUUACAUGGAUUGCCAAAGGGUGGGAGCUCCUUCUGAAGUUGUGGCUCGUCUCUCAGCUGCGCGCCAAGAGUUUGAAGCACGACAGCGAUCUUCAGUCAGUUCGAGAGAUGCUUCUUCAAAAGACCCCGAACUCGAUCAGUUCAUGGAAGCUUACUAUGAUAUGCUGGUUAAGUAUCGGGAGGAACUAACAAGGCCCAUACAAGAAGCAAUGGAUUUCAUGAGGAAGAUUGAAACUCAGCUUAACAUGCUUGGCAAUAACAGCAACACUACUCCUCUGCGCAUCUUCUCGGCCUCUGCACUAGAGGACAAGUGUGACGGAAAUGGUUCAUCUGAAGAGGACCAAGACAACAACAGCGGUGGAGAAACAGAAGUAGCCGAGAUUGAUCCGAGAGCUGAAGACAGAGAGCUUAAGAACCACCUGUUAAGAAAGUACAGUGGUUACUUGAGUAGCCUCAAGCAAGAGCUUUCCAAGAAAAAGAAGAAAGGAAAAUUGCCCAAAGACGCCCGGCAGAAGCUUCUCAGUUGGUGGGAGUUGCAUUACAAGUGGCCAUAUCCUUCGGAAUCGGAGAAGGUGGCAUUGGCAGAGUCAACAGGUUUGGAUCAGAAGCAGAUAAACAACUGGUUCAUAAAUCAAAGGAAGAGGCACUGGAAACCAUCGGAGGACAUGCAGUUCAUGGUGAUGGAUGGGUUGCAUCCACAGAAUGCAGCAGCCCUCUAUAUGGAUGGCCACUACAUUGGUGAUGGUCAUUACCGUCUCGGUCCCUAAUUCAUCACGUUAAGCAAUAUUUAAGUUAAUUUGGCCUCCCUGUUCCUGUUUGAUUACUUAUUCAUGUGACUGCUCAAGCAGUACAUGAAAUUAAUCUAGUUGGGCGAGCUUAUAUAGUUUGGUAUCCAAAGACCGAAGCAAACUGCAAAGUCUGCGAGUCAUAGUUUGUGAUUGCUAUCGCUACAGUUGGGUGGGUAAUGUUUACAUGCAUUGUCAAUCUGAUAAGAUAUGUAUAUUUUUCUGUUGAUCAUUACAGUUAGUGUUUGAAGUUUACAACAUGACGUUUCAGGUUGAUGAUCAGCAGUAAGCUGUAUGAUUGUGAUUUUCUUUUAAUCUCUCAA